AUGGUCAUUACAUUGGCUCCUAUUAAAGCUGUCAGGGCGAUGUGGCAGGUCUUUGGCAAGACCGCCACCAUUAUUGCAGGACGCUCUCCUGAAAUUCCUCUUGUGCCCAAGCUACCUAAGUACGGGCGCAUGCAGGGCAUUUCACGCCAUGUUAGCGCCGCUGCGUGGCAGCAGCCCUCUCUAAGUUCAGCCCAACAAGGGCGUUGGGUAACGGCGCUGGGCCUGAACAACCGCUCUUCGCAGCCCACCUCCCCACGAUGCAUUCUAUGGCUGGCCAUCUGGGCAGCUACCCAGCAGGGCCGAGCUUCAUGCGCGCACUGCAGCGGCGGCAGGGUCGCUAAUGGCCGUCGCGGUGGUGGCGAGGGUGCUUGGGACCGCGGGCUGCUGUCACGUCAGGCAGCGCUGCUGCCGGCCAUCUCCAGUGUGGAGGGGCUGAUGGCGACUGCGGAGUUCCAAGAGCAUGUCAGCUGCUUUGCUCCCCCACCGCGCCGCCGCAUGGUCACGUGCUCAUGGUCACACUGGCAGGAUUUGAGGCGACUGGACCCAGAUGCCUUCCGCAAGUUGCUCUCUCGCGAUGACAUUCAGACAUACGAGGAACGGCCGCCUCCGCUGGCAUUCGCUGUAGUGGACUACCUUGUAGGGGUGGUGGGGGUGCCACUGGUGCUCGUGGCGCUCUACCGGACUGGUGUGGCGAUGGGCUCGCCGCUUAUACAGUAUGGCCCGCCGAUUAUCUGGCUGGCUGUUAGAUUGCGUAUUGCGGUAGCCGGGCACGCCAGCCUAUUGGGCCGUGUGUUCGGCGUUUACCUGGUGUACGACACGCCGGACGAGGCGCCCAAUGCCUGGGAAGGCAUGUCAGGCGUGGGCGGUCACUUCCUGCUGGCGCUGUUCGAGCUCCUGAUGGCGGGCCUCAGCUGCGGGCUGCUGGUCCUGGGGACGCUCGUCAGCAUCGCGGUGGGCAGCCGACGACAGACGCUGGCAAUGCGGCUGCUAGGGCUGCGGCUGGAGCAGGAGUUAUGCAGGCCAAACAGGCUGAGCCCUUUCUCGCCAACAUCCGACACCACGACCACAAUGCUGCCCAAGGCGUCGAGCCCUCGCUCCUUUGGGUCGUUGCCUGGCCGCUAUGGGUUGUCGAACAGGAUGUAG